AUGACUGUGUUAUAUGAUGAUGUUCGUGCUGCUGCAAAUGGCACUACUACCGCCACUGCUGAAAAGGAGAAGCAUGCGAAGGUUGAUAAAUCAGUGAAGAAUGCAGAUAAAGAUAAUCAUGAUGAUGAUAAGGAUGAAAAGGAUGAGGAUGAGGAGGACGAUCGUAAGGUUCAUCCGGUAGGAGCGAAGAGUGAAAAGAAAACGGAGGAUGUGGAAGUGGUGGACGAGCCUGUGGUGGAUGAGCCUGUUGUAGACGAUGUGAACAUUACGAAAAAAUGA